AUGGUCCACUACAAACUUACAUACUUAAAUGGCCGCGGAUUGGCUGAAUGUGCUCGACAGCUGUUUGCACUUGCUGACCAACAAUACGAGGAUGUUCGUAUAAGCAGGGAACAGUUAACUUCAAUAAAAGAAAGUUUGCCUUUUGGACAGGUGCCAGUGCUUGAGGUAGAUGGUGAGCAAUUAGCGGAAUCGCAAGCCAUCAAUCGCUAUCUGGCGAGAACUUUUGGAUUUGCCGGAAAAACAGCCAUUGAGGAAGCGAUUAUCAACUCGCUGGCUGAUCAGUACGCUGAAUAUAGAGCUCAUCUUUUGCCGUACUUCCUUGCCCUUCUUGGUUUUGUACCAGGGGAUCUCGAUGAGCUGAAGAAAGAAACAGUGCCGGCUCGGAACAAAUUUCUCGGAUUUCUUACGAAAUUUCUGAAGAAAAAUUCUGAUAGUGGUAGGUUGGUCACGAGAUCUUUAUUAGGCUCUUUUCUAAAGGAACCAAAGAGUGAAGCAUUUUCUGCACGAAAACGAUAG